UUGAGUUGUAUCUGCUGCCAGCUGACUUUACAAUGAUGCGUUCAGCUCAUGUGACUCGGUCACUUAGCAUGAAGAUCAGCUAAAGAUUUCCGUGUAAAUCUCCGUUCCUUUAAGCACCGCCAACCUGCGGUGCUUGCCUGGAGACUGUUUUUGGCUGGCAGCUGUCCUAGCUGUGAGAACAGGAGCGCUCCAUCCACCCACCCACCCAUCCAGCCGGGGUAGCAGCCCAGCCCCGGGCUGCGCUCCGCUCGCUGCCGCAUUCGCACACGGGAGGAUGCCUGCCUGAAAUCCCCUCACAAACACAGCUCUCCAUGAACUUUGGUUUAUGUAUCUCACGAAAUCCUUCAGACUCUGAAGUUAGGUUCUUUUUAGCUACAGUGUUUGUAUUCAGAAGUUAUAAAUAGACUCUUCAUAAGGUUUUAUCAGAGGAAAUCUGUUGCUUUAGCUUUCUGCUAAAAAAUUGAAGGUUGUUGCGGCAGUAGGUUGUUCAUUAUAUUUGCAAUACUUUCUUUUUUCCUUUUUAAUCUAGAAAGGGCAUGUGUAGGACAAAGGCUUCUUGACAUGCUCAGUAAUUUAAAUGAUACUGGGAUGAGCAUACCCAGAUUUUUGUUUUUACUGAAAUGGUGUUUGGUAUAGCUAGAAGCUUUAUUGUUGUGUUAUUUUUCAACACAUGCUGUAUGCUCAUGUUUUAAUAUGGAAUUGGCAUAAGGGACCUAAAGGGGCAAAGCCCUUUUUGACCUUGCUGGAGUUGUCUGUGUGAAGGUAGCUGGAAAACAGAAACUGCAGGACAGACUGAAAAAGCCUCAGCUGAACUGUGCUUUUUCCUUCCCCCCUGCCUUUUUUUGCCUUGGAUGACGAUGAGAGAAGGGCUACUUCAGACAGCUCUGUCAGUGAUGAAUAGAUGAAUGAAUUCUUAAAUGCUCAGAACUUGCAACAUGUGUUCCAGACCCUUCAGCACAUGAGAGUCGCAAGAUCUCAGCAAUGAGCUGAAGAAUGUGCGGUGCCUGCUGCAUGGAGGAGCUCAGCAUACCUCAGAGAUAGCAGGAACAAAAGAAUGUCUGACAGUAUCUGAAGAAUCUGACACUUGCUUUGUCUUGCAAAGGAGUAAAGGAAUUUUUCAGAAUUGGGAAAAAUUAAAUUCCUGUGGUUUUCAUAGUGAGAUUUUUCCGUAUUUUAGGCGCCAGUGUAUCAUCCUGUGUGCUCACAGUAUUGCUUUUCUGGUUAGCGUGACUGUGUGUUUUUUAAAGGAAAUGUGACCUGGAUUUUGUGAGCUUAUUAUACACAGUAAAUGAAGGCAGCUGUUUUAGUUUACUGAUCUCUUAUAACAGCUCAAGUAAAUUGAAAUGAAGUAAAAAUGCUUGUGUAUGGGAUCUGAAUUAAAUUCUUCUCUUUGGCCUCACGUGGAGUUGUGGAUUAUUAUGAUAUAUUUGUAGACAGUUGUGUGUAUGAGGGAGUGAGACAUCCAACCUUGAAAAGAUUUAGGAAAGUCGAACAGAUUUUUUUCCAAUGUGACCUGCUAAAUCUGCCACAAAGAGGCAGGCAAAAUUCCAUACAGAUAGUCAGAUACUGUGGCUGCAGUUCUUCAUGACAGGCAAGUGAAAGACCAUGUCCUAUUUUUAGCAAGUUGACGGAGGGCAAGUGAGAGGGGGAGAAAAGUUUGAAAAUAAUGGACUUCUCUAACAGUUUGAGAGCAAAGCUAGUGAGAAGCAAGUGAGCAUUAGUGAUCAGCAGUCAAAAUAUGGAUGAUUCAAGUAUUCUUCGAAGAAGAGGGCUGCAGAAAGAGCUCAGUCUCCCCAGAAGAGGAAGCUUCUGUCGGACAAGCAACAGGAAGAGUUUGAUUGUAACAUCCAGCACAUCUCCAACUCUCCCACGGCCACAUUCCCCUCUUCAUGGACACGCAGGUAGCAGCCCCUUGGAUAGUCCCAGGAACUUCUCUCCAAAUGCACCUGCUCAUUUUUCCUUUGUUCCUGCCCGAAGCCAUGGACACAGAGCAGACAGAACGGAUGGACGCCGCUGGUCCUUGGCCUCCCUUCCCUCAUCUGGAUAUGGAACAAACACUCCCAGUUCAACAGUUUCAUCAUCAUGCUCAUCUCAGGAGAAGCUGCACCAGCUGCCCUUUCAGCCCACGGCAGAUGAACUUCAUUUCCUGACAAAGCAUUUCAGUACUGAGAGCAUCACUGAUGAGGAAGGGCGCCACUCUCCAGCCUUGAGGCCUCGAUCUCGCAGUCUCAGCCCUGGUCGCUCUCCAGUUUCCUUUGACAGUGAAAUAAUAAUGAUGAAUCAUGUGUACAAAGAAAGGUUUCCAAAGGCCACGGCACAGAUGGAAGAGCGGCUGGCUGAGUUCAUUGCCUCGAAUGCUCCAGAGAAUGUGCUGCAAUUAGCGGAUGGGGUCCUAAGUUUCAUUCAUCAUCAAGUUAUUGAACUGGCCAGAGAUUGCCUAGAUAAAUCACGUGAAGGUCUUAUAACUUCUCGGUACUUUUAUGAGCUGCAGGAAAACUUAGAGAAACUUCUCCAGGAUGCCCACGAGCGAUCCGAGAGCUCCGAGGUUGCCUUCGUCACCCAGCUGGUGAAGAAGCUGAUGAUCAUCAUCGCCCGGCCAGCACGGCUGCUCGAGUGCCUGGAGUUUGAUCCUGAAGAGUUCUACCAUUUGCUGGAAGCUGCAGAAGGCCAUGCCAAGGAAGGGCAAGGAAUUAAAUGCGACAUUCCUCGUUACAUUAUCAGCCAGCUGGGACUCACCAGGGAUCCCCUGGAGGAAAUGGCCCAGUUGAAUAGCUAUGACAGCCCAGACACUCCGGAGACAGAUGAUUCAGUCGAGAGCCGUGGGGCCUCUGUCCAGUCAAAGAAAACUCCGUCUGAAGAAGAGUUUGAAACUAUUAAACUGAUCAGUAAUGGUGCUUAUGGAGCAGUGUAUUUGGUGCGGCACAAGACCACCCGCCAGCGUUUUGCCAUGAAGAAGAUCAACAAACAGAACCUGAUCCUGAGGAACCAGAUCCAGCAGGCCUUUGUGGAGAGAGAUAUCCUGACUUUUGCUGAGAAUCCCUUCGUGGUCAGCAUGUUCUGCUCCUUUGAGACCAAGCGGCACCUGUGCAUGGUUAUGGAGUAUGUGGAAGGAGGUGAUUGUGCUACCCUUCUCAAGAACAUUGGUGCCCUACCUGUUGAUAUGGCGAGGAUGUAUUUUGCUGAGACUGUUUUGGCACUGGAGUACCUACACAAUUAUGGGAUUGUUCACCGUGACCUCAAACCUGAUAAUCUCCUAAUAACUUCAAUGGGUCAUAUUAAACUAACAGACUUUGGACUGUCCAAAAUUGGGUUAAUGAGUCUUACAACUAAUCUUUAUGAGGGCCACAUUGAGAAGGAUACCAGGGAAUUCCUGGACAAGCAGGUCUGUGGGACUCCAGAGUACAUUGCACCAGAAGUGAUCCUGCGCCAGGGCUAUGGGAAGCCUGUGGAUUGGUGGGCCAUGGGAAUUAUCCUCUACGAGUUCCUGGUCGGCUGCGUCCCUUUCUUUGGGGACACACCUGAAGAGCUGUUUGGACAAGUGAUCAGUGAUGAAAUUGCCUGGCCAGAAGGAGAUGAUGCACUGCCGCCAGAUGCCCAGGACCUCAUUUCUAAGCUUCUCCGCCAAAAUCCUCUGGAAAGAAUAGGAACAGGUAGUGCCUUUGAAGUGAAGCAGCAUCGGUUCUUUAAAGAUUUGGACUGGAAUGGAUUACUCCGGCAGAAAGCUGAAUUCAUCCCACAGCUGGAAUCUGAGGAUGACACGAGCUAUUUUGACACCCGUUCAGAACGGUACCAGCACCUGGAUUCAGAAGAAGAGGAGGACACUAAUGAUGAUGAUCACGUGGAAAUUCGGCAGUUUUCCUCGUGCUCACCCAGGUUCAGCAAGGUGUACAGCAGCAUGGAACGACUUUCCAUCCACGAGGAGAGGAAGACUCCACCACCAACCAAGCGGAGCCUGAGUGAGGAGAAGGAUGAUCGGCUGGAUAGCCUGGGGGGCUUGAAGAGCCGGGACCGCAGCUGGGUCAUUGGGUCUCCUGAAAUCCUGCGCAAGCGCCUGUCCAUGUCGGAGUCGUCGCACACGGAGAGCGACUCCAGCCCGCCGCUGACGGUGCGGCGCCGCUGCUCGGGGCUCCUGGACAUGCCGCGCUUCGCCAUCUCCGCCGAGGACGAGGGGGCCGCCCUCAAACGGCCCCAGUCCGAGGGGAUGCUGCUGUCCACAGUGCAGGCUCGGGAGGGGCUGCCCGUGCCCAUCCCAGAGCAGCCUGUGGAGCACGAGCUGCUGCUGGAAGGGGACGCUGGAGCCACCACCCCCUCCACGGCCACCACCUCGACGCUGGCAGCUGGGAGCACUGCAGAUUUCUCUGAUCCACGAGCUCGCAGUAAUAGCAAUGAAGGCCCAGACUUUACCACUCCAAAAGCCAUCAGCGAUUUGGCAGUGCGGCGGGCACGGCACAGGUUGCUCUCUGGGGAAUCAGGGGAGAAACGUACCUCGAGACCUGUCAAUAAAGUGAUUAAAUCAGCAUCUGCUACUGCCUUGUCUCUCCUGAUUCCCUCAGAUCACCACACGUGUUCUCCAUUGGCCAGUCCAAUGUCACCUCAUUCUCUCUCCUCCAACCCAUCUUCGAGGGACUCCUCACCCAGCCGUGACUUUUCUCCUGCUAUCGCAAACCUGAAACCACCAAUCAUCAUCCAUCGGGCUGGAAAGAAAUACGGUUUCACUCUGCGCGCCAUUCGCGUCUAUAUGGGUGACAGUGACAUCUACACUGUGCAUCACAUGGUCUGGCACGUGGAGGAAGGGGGCCCAGCGAACGAAGCAGGUCUGCGGGAAGGGGAUCUGAUCACCCAUGUCAACGGGGAGCCAGUCCACGGGCUGGUGCACACUGAAGUGGUGGAGCUGAUUCUGAAGAGUGGAAAUAAAGUGUCCAUCUCCACCACACCAUUUGAGAACACAUCCAUCAAAGUUGGUCCAGCUCGAAAAGCCAGCUACAAAUCCAAGAUGGCUCGUAGGAACAAGAAGAGCAAAACAAAGGAUGGUCAAGAAAGUAAGAAGAAGAGUUCUCUGUUGAGGAAGAUCACUAAACAAGCAUCACUGCUUCACACCAGCCGGAGUUUGUCAUCCCUGAACCGGUCUCUGUCAUCUGGAGAAAGUGUGCCUGGCUCUCCAACUCACAACCUGUCUCCUCGCUCACCAACCCAGAGCUACAGAUCCACCCCAGAGUCUGUACACUCAGUUGGUGGCAAUUCUUCCCAGAGCAGCUCUCCCAGUUCCAGCGUUCCCAAUUCUCCAGCCAGCUCUGGACACAUCCGACCCAGCUCUCUGCAUGGCCUGGCACCGAAGCUCCAGAGGCAGUACAGAUCUCCCAGGCGUAAAUCUGCAGGAAACAUCCCUCUGUCCCCCCUGGCUCACACUCCGUCACCAACCCCACAGUCCACGUCACCGCAGCGCUCCCCGUCUCCUUUGCCAGGACACUCAGUUGGCAGCUCCAGUAUUAUCCAGUCUUUCCCAGUAAAGCUACACUCCUCUCCACCACUGGUGAGACAAAUUUCUCGCCCCAAAAGUGCCGAGCCCCCUCGGUCUCCUUUGCUGAAGAGAGUGCAGUCGGCUGAGAAGCUGGCUGCCUCUCUGUCCUCCUCUGAGAAGAAGCUGGGGUCCUCACGGAAGCACAGCUUGGAUAUCUCUCACUCUGAGUUCAAGAAGGAGAUGUUACAGAGGGAUCCCAGCCUCCAGAGCUUGCAGGAAUCUGCCAACGAAUCGACGGGCGGCAAACUCGGGCUGGCAGAAAAAGGGAUGCUGCAGAAGCCGGGCUCACGGAAGCUGGGUGCCAUUCGGCAGGACAGGGUGGAGAGGAGGGAGUCUCUGCAGAAGCAGGAGGCCAUCAGGGAAGUGGAUUCUUCUGAAGAUGAAACAGAUGAUGGCUCGGAAGAUAGUCAGGAUGGGAGAAGGCUGGGCAAGCCCCGUGGCAGUGGAGACCAAGGCUCAGAUUCUUUUAUUGAGGAUAAUAAGUUUUCAUCUAAAUUGGAAAGCAAAGAUAGUAUCGAAGAUGAUGCCUUUCUACCUGAAGAUCCAAAAGGUACAGAAGAUUUGCAGAAGGGAAAUACUCAACAAGCAAAGCCUGUUUCAGAGCCGCUGCAAAUCAGUGUGCACCCCUCCCCACCAGAGCUCCCCUCAAGAACUUCUCCAGAAAAACUAGCUAAUUCAGAAAAGCCAUUCUUAAAAUCAGAAACGACUGCAAAGGAGCAUAAAUUGACAGAAAACAAAACUUUGGAGUGUUUUGGUCCUAAAGACAGGUCUUCUGAAGCAGUCAAAGAUCUCGGGAGAACUCCAGGUGCUCCAAAACCAGUGGAUUGCACAGAACGUGUGCAGUGCCCGUCAAUCAAACUCCUGCAACUUGAAGAAGGUGAUUCUUCUGGGGCCUCCUGUGGUAAACUUGACUUGAAAGAGUCUGUGCUAGCAGAAAGCAGUCAGAAAACACAGGAUUCCGAAGCUCUGCUGGCACUUUCCUCGCGGUGCACGGCGAGCACGAGCGCUCGUGUGGCGGUGAGCCCCCCGGAGCAUGGGGAGAGGGGCCACAAGGAGACGCCUCAGCCUGUGGAACAGCACAGCUCCUCAUCUCUGCCUCCUGCGAGUGCCAGUGGAACGUCCCGAAGAAGUCCUAGCCCUGACAAGCAGCAGCCCAGCUCAUCGCAGGCAGAGGGAGGUUUCAGCUGCAGCACAAGGAGCCCAGCAGGCGCCGUGUCCUCGCCGCUGCCUGUCCCCAGUGCCAUCGAGCGCGCGGUCCCCGUGUCCCCGCUAGCGCCCCUGGCCCAGAGCGUGCUGGGCCCUGUGAACCUCAGCGUGUCUGGGUCUGGAGAGGUGGAAACGAGGAAGGAUUUGCGUGCCUCCUGUAAAGAGGAGAGAGAUUUGAAACAAAAAAGGCAAGAAGUUUCACAAGUAGGAGUGUGUCAAGAGAAAGUCAAACCCUGUAGCACAGAUGGUCCGACCAUGAGGAGUGGGUCCUGUGCAGAGUCCUUACACCCAGCAACACCCUGGGAGGCAACUUGUCCCGUGGGGGCCAAAAAGGAGGCAACAUGUCCUGUGGUGGUCAAAAAGGAGGCACCUUUUUGCAGUGCUAAAGCAUCUGAGGCGUUGGCAGGUAGCUGCAAAAUCACUCCGUCGAAAGAGCUGUCUCAUGCUCUUGGACAAGCAGCUCUGAGAGCCUCUCCUCUGCCAGAUGGCAGCACGAGGCCCUGUAAAGAAGGGACUCUGGCACAAGCAAAAAGCAAAGAGGUUGGAAAUCAGUUAAAAAUACAAGACUUUCCCCUGUCACAUGAUGAUGCUGUAAAGAAAACAUAGCAGCAUCGCUGGUACUCGUGGACUGGAGCGUUCUACAUUCAAAAUAGAGACUGCAUGUUUGAAUUUUGUAAUAUACACUAAUAUAAAAUAGAACUUGUGUACAUCUAUUUUUGGGAGGGUUUUUUUCAUACUGUUUUUUGUGUUUUUUCAUCCUUGCUAUUCUAUUUUUGUACACAGUAGUGCUUGCUGUUUGAGGUCUCUUUAGAACAGGGUAUCUUUAAAGCAGGGCUUAAGAAACACUUUGGUUUUCUUUUUUUCCCUUCCACACCUUUUAUUUUGCCUGAGUUUAGGGCCUGAUGUGCUCUUCCCUCUAAUUCUGCAUUUAUUUGAGAUCCCAAAAAUUCUGUGUGCAAAAAAGGCAGCUUAUUUUUCAGCAUUCUCUUUGAAAUUCCAUUGAAAUUCACAAAUGUCAAGUGUUUGCUCCAGUUUUACAAUCUGAUGUCCCUUGACAAGAAUAAGAACCUACCCUCUUCUCUGCAAGUUAUUCUGAAACUACAGACCCUCUUUGGUGUAAGUAAAAACCUCUUUGUCACCAUGGGUCUUCACAAUCCUGUGUCCUUAAAAGAUAUGGAGACAAAGGACUUGGCUGGAGAGACUGGACAGAGAGAGAUGCCUGUCUUCUCUUUAAAACAAGUAAGAAUAUUUUUCAAUGGAAUUAUCAGAAAGAGAAAUCUCCAAUCCAUAAGCUGGCUUUUUGGGGGAUUGUUUUUACUUAUCUGUAUGGGACACAUGGCAACCUUUUUCUCUGUUUUUAAAAUUUUAGUGAUGUUUUAUCUUCCUUUCUCUGGCUUCAGUUCAUAACUUGCCCUGCCUCUGAGUAAGUGACCCCAGGAAAGGGGUGCCUGUAGGUUGGUUUUAAAGUAGAAAAAUUUGUAGUUGCAUAUUCUCCAGUAUGUCUGGCAAAGUUAUCUCAAUGAAAAACCACCUUUGGAGACUUUUCCUUCUCUUGGUGAGUCUAAAUAGGUAGGGAUUUUAAGGCGUCCCUUAACAUUUCUGAAUUGGGGCUUGGAAACUUGCUGAAUUUUCUGAAUCUGCCCAUUGUAAAAACAAACCUAUGAAGAGUUCAGACUCCUCAAGUUCUGUGGUCAAGCUGCAAGCAGACUUCAAUACACAUGUGAUAUUUUCAGAUUUCAGCUUUGAUAACUAGAUAAUUUCCACUGCUGAGGUCACUUUGCAUUAAAGACUUACUCUUUGCUCCUAGGUUUAGACAUGGCUUUGCUUUAAGUGUGACUGACUCUGGGUGACAGUGCUCCUUGCUGAGGACUAGACCAAUAAUAAUGCACCAAUAAAUGUGUCCAGUGGUGAUACCUGUAGCACUGUAAGCCAUUUCUUCAUCCAGUUAAAGGUUCCUCUCAAUGAACACUCCCCUCAUUUGUCCCAGAUUGUGCUCAGCUUGUAUCCUAGUCUUGUCUGAGUGGAUCUCCCUGCGGGCCCCCCUGAGGGACAGUGCCCUGCUCACUGGCUUUCUCUGUUAGAAGCAGAAUGACUGUGCAACAGUAUUCCAGGCUAAACCCCAUCUCUGUUGGUCUGAUUUCCUUACACUGCUGCUUCCUUCACUGUCUUGACUUUCUCUGAACUUGAAGUUUUGAUUCGCUUGCCCUAAAUGCAAAUGUGUUUAUUAUAUAGGAAUAUAUCUUCUCCAUCUCUUUCAACCUGAUUCCAGUACAACCCACAGCUCAAAAAAUCUCUGGAAUCUCACCCGGUUUCUUUCUAUGUAGCAGUUGCUUCCCCCCAUUAUAUACUUGAUUUUGGCUGCUUGGUUUUCAUUUCUGGACCAAGUUUUGGUUUGGUUUGAGUUUGUUUUUUUUUUUAACAUGUUUAAAUGAGUGUUUACUCGGUGUGUCAGUGUGAACAUGUAUGGUGUUGCUACUACACUAACCAAAGCCUCAGCGCUCCCAGGUAACACCCUAACAAACCUAGCUGUGGUGGUAUUGAGAGCAGAGCUGCUGUGCUGUCUCACUGCUCUUUUUCCUGGAAUUCAUAGGCUGCUCGUUUACACUUGGUUUGCAGUUACAAACCACAGCAUUUCCACUGCCUUGUCAGGGUCCUGGGUGUCUCCAGCCUCUCCAAGUGCUCUUGGUGGCAAGUGUCAUUCAGUGCUGAUUUAGAGCAAUAAGCAAGUAAGGAACAGACUUGGCAGGAUCUGGUGCUUCUCUGGCUGGUUUUCUCCCUGAUGGAUUGGUCUACUAAAAACUUGUUGAGAAACAGCACAGGAUAUUAUGGACAGGAAUAGUGAAAAGUGGGUUUGGCAUCCUGAGUCUGUGGUAAUUAGAAAGACAAGCCUCCUUGACAAGCUGAUCUCCUGAGAGCACCUGACCUUGGCGAGAUGGAAGUGUCUGUGUAAAUUAUGGAGUUGUGUGAGGACAUGGUCCAACCUGGCUGUUCCCUGGGUGGCAGGUCCCCCUUUUCCUUCUGUGUUUAAAACACCUGAGGAGAAAACCAACCACUGCACCUAGGAGGUGAGCACAGGGUGUGAGCCAGGCUGGGUAACCUGGUUCAUCCCCCACUGGCAGGGGUGGGACCCUGUCAUGGUACCAGUGUGAGCUGCUCACUCCCUGCCUCUGCAGCCAUGCUGAAUUGCAGAAUUGUCCUUUCCUAGGCAUUAAAGGAGGAGUGAAAGCCCUUGCUAUGUCACAGCUUUUGCUGCUUUUGCCUGUGUUGGCCAAAGAAAAGGUGAAGUAUGUGUUUCGUUGCCUCUUUUGUAGCUACGGUACAGAGUGGUCAGUGCAAUUAAAAAUCCCUGGUUUUUUGGAAGCCAAAGCCCAACAGCAUUGCCAGGAAAGCAUUUUAGUGAAGCCCUGCAUCCCCUGCUCUUGGUCAGUCCUGCAGUUUCCCUCAGUGUGCCAGGUGCCCCAUUAUCCCUGUUCUUCCUGCUGUCAAAUUUACAUGGAGCACUUUAGCAAAGAGUUUGGGCAAAAAGACUUUUUCCAUUAAAUCUUGAUAAUAAGCCAGGUAGAUACACCAAUACUUAUUCCUUGCUCUGCUACAAAUUCCUUAAAUAUCUUCUCAAAUAAAAGCUUGCAAAAUGUGUUGGGAAGGAACAGGAUGUUGGAAAAGCUAUGGCUGAGGGGCAAGAGUGUGUUCCCAGUGCCAAGGGCAGCCCUUGGUCUCCAUGGGUAAUCCCCAGUCAGGCAGGCACAAGGUGGAAGUCGGGAGUGUGAGAUGUGUGUUUGGUGAAUGAGCUGUGCAUGCCACCAUCCAAAAAUGCUGCUUUCCUGCUUUGUUCCCUCUUCCCGUCUGUCAGCUUGGGUGUGUCUCCUACUCCUCCGUGUUGGGAUGGCAGCGCCUUAGGCUGGUUUGGCCUCUGCAGCUCCUCUCUGCUCCUGCAUCCAGCUGGCACAUCCCUGCCCCAUGCCUCAGUGUUAUUUUCCCCUUUGUCUCUUACUGUUGCAAACGAAGAGAAAUGGAUGAUAUUUAUUGUAAAUAUUAGACUUUAGCGUUGUACUGGCCACUCCCGGGUCUGAAUGUUGGAGGCCUUUGGCUGCUGCUGUACUGAAGAGCGCUUGUGGGGGACGGGGUAGGAGUGACCUGUGGGUUUGUUUGCCACACUUGCAUUAAGAUGUGAUUUGGAGUAUUUUUUUUUUUAUUUUAUUUUUUUUUUUCUUCCGAAGAGGGGAGGAUGAAGUCUUUCUCUGGUUUUCUCUUGCUGGAUGUGAAGGAUAAUUCUGUACUUCUAGUAGAAGAUUUGACAGAAGUGUGUGUUUACAUUGUGUUCGAUUACCAUAUCCAGGUGGCUGUGAGAGCACCUCCUGCGCUGGGCUCUGCCAAGCCGUGUCACUCAGCACUUAGCUAGAUAAGAGAAAGUGUGGAAUUUCUGUGUUUUUAGAAACUUGAACAAUUGCCACAUAAUAGCGGUGCAAUAAUUUUUAUUCAUGUUGUACCUGCAUGUCGAUGUUCAA